AUGCACGUGACGGGUAAGCACUCGAUCGCGAAACGCGAGACGGAACCAGCACCAGUGGUUGUGCAAUCAAGCCAGGAAUGGGACGGGAUUGACGGACCGUGGUCAAGCUUUGUACUGCAAGUGGGCACACCCGCUCAACAGGUCCGCGUCGACAUUUCCAUCGAAGGACAGGAGACAUGGGUUGUCGCUCCAACAGGCUGCUCCGGGUCGACAUCCGACUGUGCCAAGCAAAGAGGGGGAGUGUUUGACAGCGCCGACUCCUCGACAUGGCAAUCCACAACCACCAUCUGGAACAAUUCCGGGAUCUAUGAGCUGUCGGGACUGAUUACCGAGAGCCUGGGUAUCGAUGGGAAUGGGGAGUACGGCUUCGACACUGUUGGCCUAUCGUUCGGCGGAGAAUCCGGUCCGGCCUUGGAUCACACAAUAGUCGCCACAUUCAACACAACCGACUUUUACAUAGGCCAGUUUGGUGCUAGCCCCAACCCCACGUAUUUCACAGUUUCGAACGACAACUCUUCUGCUCUGGACGAUCCUCAAGAGAGUUUCCUGUCGAUGCUGAAGCGGACAGGAAGAGUCCCGAGCUUAUCCUACAGCUUUACAGCUGGCUCAUACGCACGCCGCAACACCAUCAAAAACGCCCUGGGCUCGUUUAUCUUCGGCGGCUACGACGCAUCACUGAAAGGCCCCGCCGACCUAUCCUUUGACUUUGCUCCCAACCAGGGAAGAGAACUAGUUGUCGGCAUCCAGUCCAUCACCGCAUCCAGCCAGAAUAACGGGACCGUCGACCUGCUCCCGGAAUCCGUUUUUGCCGCCCUGGACUCUUCUCAACCCAACAUCUGGCUGCCCCUCGCUGCGUGCCAAAAAUUCGAAUCCGCCUUCAACUUAACCUGGAAUGCGACUGCCGAGCAGUACCUCGUCGACUCCACUCUGCACGACCGCCUCGCCACCGAGAACCCCAACAUCACCUUCCGCCUCGGCAACGGCGGCUCCGGCGGCCCAACGACGGACAUCGUGCUCCCCUACUCCGCCUUCGAUCUCACCAUGACGAAUUCGACUUCAGACGCACAACCAUACUUCCCGCUCAAGCGCGCAGCCAACGAUACGCAGGUAAGCCUCUCCACCUCCAACCACCAGCACUGA